CGACAUCUCUGCAGUUUAACGGUUUUCCUGUCAAUUUUCAGCUCUCACACAUAUGCACACGUAUGCUCUCGUAGGAUAUAUUUUCUCACUACGCCAGCUUAAGUGCACACAUACACACACACUGUAUGAUAAAUAAUUACAUGCUAUCAUGGUAGGCUACUGUCCAAUCUGUGGGAAGCCCGUCUACUUUGGUGAGAAGAAGAGGUCCUUAGGGAGGGACUACCACCCUCUGUGUCUGAAGUGUCAGAAGUGCAACAGACAGCUCACAGCUGGACAACAUGCUGAGUAUGAUGAGAAGCCAUACUGCUCUCACUGCUACCUGAAGAUGUUUGGUCCAAGAGGUAACAGGUGACUGGUGCCACCAUGGCAGAGUGCAUCCCCUCCACAGGAACCAGACUGAGCUGAAAUGGACAAAUGCUGACUUAAAAAGACACGCAGGGCCUUGUUUAUUAUUAAAAUGACAAACGUAAUAAAUAAAUAUGAAUGACAGUUAGACUUAUUAACUUUAGUUGACUGUCAUUUACACUUCCAAAAAAUUUAAUAUUUAUAAAUGUGUAAUGACCAUGUAAUGCCACAUGUAUGUGAUUGUUCACUUUUAUAAUGUAACUUAAUUUUGCAUGUAGAAAAUUAUAAGUCAGUACUGAUGAAUGCAUUUUAAACAUUCUAACA